AUGGCAUCACAAAUACGAGCAUCUUCAACAUGCUCCACCCUCAGCAUCGACGAGCUCAACGCCGCGGCUCUGGACCACUUCAUCUACACGCCCGUGUCUAGGAGUAUGAUCUCAUACCUUGCCUCGGCAGCAUGCAGUGUCAUCCAGUGCGACCCGACGAUGAUGCCUCCACCACCAACCGCGGCACCGCAGAACUCCAGGUUACCACCUACGCCACCAAAGACCCCACCACCACGAGCCGUACCGGCAGAAGACGCUGGACUGCCAACUCUUGAGGAAUUCAUCACACAACUCGUCGUCUCCUCCAAUGUGCAGGUUCCGACACUGAUGUCAACCCUGGUCUACCUCAACCGCCUCCGAUCCCGCCUGCAACCCAUGGCCAAGGGCCUCCGCUGCACCACCCACAGGAUCUUCCUGGCCUCACUAAUUCUGGCAGCAAAGUACCUGAACGACAGCUCGCCCAAGAACAAGCACUGGGCUAACUACUCAGUGAUGCCUUGCGCGGGAUUCUCGUUUGGCUUCUCACGGACCGAGGUCAAUCUGAUGGAGAAGCAACUCCUCUUCCUGCUCGACUGGGAUCUGCGCAUCUCGGAGGAGGAUCUGUAUCGCGAGUUGGACCCAUUUCUGGCACCGCUCAGGGACGAUGUGGCUGCACGCCACGAGCGGAGGGUGCGCAGGAAAGCCGCACAGCAGGCUGCCAUCGCCGCGGAGGAGGAGCGGAGGCGCAGAGAGGAGGAGGAUGCUGCGGCGGCAGCAUGGCUCGCGGCGCAGACCGCCAGCAAGAACCUCUACGCUACGCCACCAUCGACGCCAGGCUCGAGGUCGAGGUCUUCCUCGAGGCAGAUGAGACAGGAGAGCCCCGACUCGCUGCCCGGACUGAGCAGCAGCUACGGAUCUCGAAGUAUUCACAGCUCUCACUCGUACGCAUCCUCACUUUCGUCGUCACGUGGUAGCGAGGCGACCACGCCGCUCUCAUCGGACGGCGAGGCGCCUUACAUCUACGACGGGAUGCUGCACACUGGCAGCCUCUACGAGCCGCCCGUCGAGAUCGUCUUCGAGCAGCCAAAGCAACACCAGAUGCUGCAGCCGCCCCCACAGGCCCUGACGAAGCAAAAGUCUCUGCUGCCCUACGAGAUCAGCCCCGAGGAGCUGAGGGACCUGCAGGAGGGCGGCAGCAGGGUCAAGAGGAUGAGAGGCAUGCUAGGCCGCGUGUUUGGCGGCUCGGGCGUCAGCGCGCGAUGA